AUGAUACUGAUCCGACGCCUCUGGCUGGUGCCAGCCUUUCUGCUAGCAUGUCUCGUCUACUACCUCUUCCUUUCCCCCAGCGAUACGACUCCAGUCCCCCUCUUCACGGUCAAUCCGAACCGCAACCUGCACUGGACCAAGCGACCUGAAAGACAUCCCAUCGUGGGCUAUCGUGACUUACCCAUCGGCCCUCUCGAGCAGAUUCCCAAUAUCCAGUUCGACUUUGCGGCGCACCCGGAGUCAGCAGAUGCAGCGAAGACGCGCGAGACCCGACAAGCCGCCGUCAAAGAAGCUUUCCUCCAUUCGUGGAAUGGAUACAAGAAAUAUGCCUGGGGUCAAGAUGAGGUCGCACCUGUGAGCGGUGCCUUUCGAUCCAGUUUCGGCGGCUGGGGCGCUACACUGGUCGACACGAUGGACACAUUAUGGAUGAUGGGCUUGAAGGACGAGUUCGACCUGUGCGUGGACCAAGUCAAGCGCAUCGACUUCACCACCAAUGACCAGGAGACACUGAACGUCUUUGAGACCACGAUCCGCUACCUGGGCGGCCUGCUGGCCGCUUACGACCUCUCGGGCGGAAAGGAUAGGGCCCUCCUGGACAAGGCCCGUGACCUGGGCGAGAUGCUAUACUCGGCCUUUGACACGCCGCACCGCAUGCCCCAGGCUCGAUGGCAGUGGAAGAAGACCGCUGUGGGGGCCGAGAUCGAACCCAGCACAAACACUCUUCUCGCCGAGCUCGGCAGUUUGACCGUGGAGUUCACCCGCUUGAGUCAACUGACAGGGGAUCUGCGCUACUUUGACGCCGUGCAGCGCAUAGCCGAGGAGAUGGAAUAUUGCCAGAACGCGACCAAACUCCCAGGCUUGUGGCCGACCAUCGUAAACGCCAGGGAGAUUUCCUUCGACUACAACCACUUCACCAUGGGCGGCAUGGCGGACUCGACGUACGAAUACCUCCCCAAACAGUACUUGAUGCUCGGCGGCCGCGAUCGCAAGUACAAACACAUGUACGAGGAAGCCAUCGACACGGCGAAACGACAUCUCUUCUUCAGGCCGCUCGUGCCCGCGAACGAGGAUCUCCUCUUCAGCGGCAACGCGGCGCUCACGUCAUUGCAAUCGAUUCCCAUCGCAAACAUCGAACCGCAAGGCCAACACCUCGCCUGCUUCGUCGCCGGCAUGGUCGGCAUCGGCGCCAGAAUCUUCUCCCGGCCCCACGACCUCGACGUCGCCCGCCGCCUAGUCGACGGCUGCGUGUGGGCCUACGACGCCAUGCCCUCGGGCCUCAUGCCCGAAACAUUCCACCUAAUCGCCUGCCAAGUGGGCACCGACGCGCCGUCCCCGCCCGAGAAAUGCGUCUGGAGCGAUGACAAAUGGUACGAAGGCAUCGCCAAGAAACACGCCGUGACGCAGGACACGGACCGCCUCACGCCGUUAGAAAGAGGCAAAAAGUUCGCCGAGCAAAAACGCCUGUUUCCCGGGUUCACGGACCACGGGGACAACCGGUAUAUCCUGCGCCCGGAGGCCAUUGAGAGUGUGUUUAUCAUGUACCGCAUCACGGGCGACCCGCACUACCAGGACGUCGCGUGGAAGAUGUUCCAGGCCAUCGAUGCCGCGACGCGUACGCCGAUCGCCCAUGCCGCGGUCCAUGACGUCCGGGUCCCGACGCCCCAGAAGAGCGAUCGCAUGGAGAGCUUCUGGCUGGCCGAAACGCUCAAGUACUUCUACCUGAUCUUUAGCGAGCCCGAGCUGUGCAGCCUGGACGAGUGGGUGUUGAACACCGAGGCCCACCCCUUGAAGAGGCCGAGCCGAUGA